AUGAUUCGUCGGGACUACCUUCUCAAUCUGAUCACUAUCCUGAAGGAGAUGUCGCCUACAAUUGUAACGUGUCUAUCGACAGAGGCGGGAAAGACUCUCGCUGAUGCGGAAGCAGAGAUCAUUCGCGGGUUAGAUUCCAUCCAGUCCGCCUGUUCCGUCGGGCAGGAGAUGGCUGGGAUGUACAACAUGUCUGAGACGACGCAAACAUACACUCUUUCGGAGCCAUUAGGUGUUUGCGUAUCUAUAACCCCGUUUAACUUCCCUUUGAUGAUCCCGCUAUGGUCUAUUCCUUAUGCCCUGAUAACCGGGAAUACGGUGGUUUUGAAACCGUCGGAAAGAGCACCUACCGCGUCAAUGUUGUUGGCAGAUGCAUUUCGCCAGAUCGAAUUACCCCCGGGCGUCUUCAACGUGGUGCACGGCGGUCCGAGUGCUGUGGAUAAACUUCUCGCUCAGCCGAGUGUACAGGCGGUCUCCUUUGUCGGAUCGGAUGCAGCGGCGGAACGGGUCUAUGAACACGCACGAGCGACAAGGAAACGCGUCCAAGCCGAAUGCGGAGGGAAGAACCACGGAAUUAUCCUCGAGGAUGCCAACAUGACUUCUACAUUAUAUGCAAUCGCAGGAAGUGCCUUUGGCGCUGCCGGCCAGCGCUGUAUGGCCAUGAGCGUCGCAGUCUUUGUGGGCGAGACCAAGCAUUGGAUCCAACAGCUUAUCGGCCUUGCAAGUUCCCUAGUCGUGGGCUGCGGAACAGACAAGGAUGUCAACGUCGGGCCGUUAAUUAGCGCCGUUUCCAAACGGAAUGUCUUGGGCAUUAUCGAGCGAGCCGUGGAAGAGGGGGCAACGAUCUUACUAGACGGCAGGGAUGUACAUGUCCCCGGUUAUCCGAACGGGAAUUUCGUAGGGCCGACUAUCCUAACGGAUGUCAAGCCUUACAUGGAGUGUUACCAAACGGAGAUCUUUGGACCGGUGCUGAUCUGCAUGGAGGUUGAUACCAUGGAGGAGGCUAUCGAGCUGAUCAAUGAGAAUAGAUACGGCAAUGGGUGUUCCAUUUUCACAUCCUCUCCACAGAACGUCGCUGCUUUCCAGAGCAGGGUUAAUGUCGGUCAGAUCGGGGUCAAUAUCCCCAUAGUUGCACCAUCGGGCAUGUUUGUCCGAACGAGCAACAAGGAUUCCUUCCUUGGAGACAUGAAUGUUCCGGGAAAAACCUUCUGGCCGUUCUUUACCCGAAUCAAGACAGUGACCGCGCGGUGGUGA